ACCAAGUGAAGAUGAAGUGAGGAUUCUACUCAUAGCUGAUUCCCAUAUUGAAGGUUAUCAUUCGAAUCUAUGGAUUUUCAAUGAAAUACUACAGGCUGACAGUGAUGACUGUACAACGAACAAAUCCUAAUGGCGUUAUGUUUUUGGGAGAUCUCCUGGAUACAGGAGAUAUAUCAUUAAAUUCAGAUUUUAUACAUGCAACAUCACGUUUUCGAAAGAUAUUUCUUUCUGAGAAUGAUUUAUUUGUCAUUUUGACACCUGGAGAUAAUGAUAUCGGUGGUGAAGGAAAUCUGAUUAGACAAAAAACGUUAACCCGUUUCUUUGCUAAUCUACCUGUUAACUAUGGAGAUUACAAAUAUAAAUUUGUUAAUUUCUACUCAGAUUAUAGGGAGCCUGAAACCACACCUAAAAUAUCUAAUGAAAAUUCUGAUGAAAUUAAUGUAUAUAUCAGUCAUUUUCCAGUUAUCUCUCAGGAAUAUGUCCAGUUCCCUUCGAAUUUACUUAAAGCAAAUGCCUCUUUAAGUAUUCAUGGUCAUCUUCACAGAAGUCAAAUUAUUCAUUGGAAAAAUACUAAGAAUUCUGAUAAUACACAAUCAAAUGUUGAAUGGAUUCAAACACCACAAUUAUCAAGUAUAUCAUCACAACCAUUUAGUUUUAAAUUAAAUGAUAGUUUAAAAUUAUUAGAAACUAAAGAAAAAUAUACACUUAUCAAUCAUGCAAAAGUAUAUGGGGAAUUAAUUUCAAUUGGUGUACCAUCAUGUACUUAUCGUUCUGGGUAUCCUCAUAUAACUGGUAUAGGUUUAUUACAAAUAUAUAAAAAUAAAUCUAUUAUUUAUACAGUAUUACCAUUGUAUAAUCGUUAUUGUACUAUAUUUAUUUAUUGUUUAUUCAUCACUAUAUUUAUAGGAUUAAAAUCUAUUUUUUAUUGUACUAUUGUUUUAUUUAAAUUUAAAUUUUGGCGAAACAUUUUCCUCUUAACUACAAUUAUUUUAUUACUGUUAUUAAUCUUUAUUGAAUGUGAAGUAUUUGUUCAAAUUGGGAAAGUAUUUUGAUAUAAUUUCUUAGAUAAACAUGAAACACGUUGUCGUUGUUCUCCUUUUUGAUUUCAUUCAUAUUUCGGGAUAUCUUUGUAUGAUUACUAACACAUUUUGUUAUAUUUGGUAUAGUUGUAUUGGAACUUAACUACUCAGGGAUGUAUAUUUUACACUUUUGCUGUUGUUGUUGUUGUUGUUUUUAUCCACUCCUCACAGUCUUUAUUGUUGCAUUGAAAUAAACUGCUUGUUACUUAAGCGUAAAAUCUGUGAUCUAAAUUAGUUUUCUAUUGAUUGCAAUCAGUUUUUCAUUAUACCCUUAGAUUUAAACAGUUUUUUUGUAAAAUCUAACUUUCAAAGUAUUUUGUAUUAUUUGUGUCUUUGAUAGUGACAUUGAUGAAUUGUAUUAUGUUAAUGUGGA